CGCCUCUAGAUUCAUCCGCCGCCAUGGAUUUCCAUCGGUUUCUUUGGUGGGAAUGGCACAAGAACUAAGCUGCCAUGCCAUUUCGAGGCUUACCUUGGGAGCAGGCACGGGAUGUGGCUGCAGGCACCCUGUUAGCUCAUGGUUUUGAUCCACCAUGGAGAUUUCCAACGGUCAACGAGCUGAAGUGCAAGCUGGGCUAUGGCUGUGAUGGCUCUGGGCCCAUCCAAAGUGCUGCGCAGAAAGCGGCGGAAGCCGCCGAGGAGCAGGCCAAAAUUCAAUCUUCUAAGCUAGCCAUGACAGACUUUGAUGCCAAUGGUCGCUACAAGGGUCCACCUGGCUGGCCCUAUGGAGUCGUCAAAAAGGUGGAGAAAGCGGUGUGGACGCCGAAGGAUGUGGAGGAGCUGAAGGCGAAAUUGCCUGGAUACAAGAUCAAGGGUCCUGGCUCGCGCGCCAUUUGUAGUGGCCAGGGUCGUUUGGAGGGCCAGCGCUUGCGGCUGCUGGAAGUUCGCCGGGGUGUUCGGACGGUGGAGGAGGCCGCAGGGAUUUGUGACGACCUGGAAGAGUGCACGCACUUCUCCAUCACAGUGGGUCCCGAAUACCCCAGCACUGACGAUUGGGCCACAGGAGUCCCAUAUCGAGCUGAGUUCUGCCGUGGUCCUAUGGUAACCAUACUGGAUGAUACCAACAGCCACUCCUUUGUCGGCAUCAAAAAGACCUGGGUCAGGGACCAUGACGUACCGCCCCCCAAGAUGAUCCCGCGCAUUCCGUUGCCGGAUCAGCCCUUGGAAGCCUAUGGCCGCGAUGCGGGAUACUAUCGCUCCAUGCGCGCAAAUAUGAAGAAGUUGGAAGAAGCCAAAAAGCUGGAUCGUUUGCAAAGUGAAGCGAACCAACUGACGGCCAUCCAAAAGAAGGAGCAAGCGGAGGGUGUCAAAGCUCAACUGAAGUCAAUGGAGCAACUGGCGCCGCUGAUUGGACCGGCGCCUUUUGAAGUUAGUCGACAGCGCAGGGCAGACUUCUUGUAACUGGUGACGACCCAGCCUCCGGCGAUGUUUU